UUGAACACCGGUAGCUUAUUUUCAAUCAGUUGACAGUUCAAACUAGUGCUGCUUAUACAGUUUACGCAAACAUAAAAUACUCCCAACAAUGUAUAGAGUGUGGAAUUUGAAUUUCCGUUAUCUAGUUUUUGUACUAUGCGUUGCAUUGCCACAACUAGCAACUGCCAGCAAGAAUGCAACCGAAGAAGGUCGUUUCUUUCUAUGGGGCAGGCCAAUCUUGAUCGUUCCGCCAACCUCACCAACGCGUCAUCAGCUGAUUUCCGGUAUUGGUGUACCGCUUGCGGCGCAAGAAUCGCUCACGUUUGGGUGGGUCAUCAAGGCACAGUAUUUCCUACCGACCGAAGUGGAUAAUCUUAGACCAAUCUAUUGGGACGGUUGGAACGAUACUCGACGUUCGCUGGAGAAACGAGAAGCGAAAUCACUGAAGGCAGGGCAGCACUUUGAGAAUUACACGGUGACGGAUGUCAAAAUUGAAACGGAACAGUUGCCCGAUCCGGUGCUUCCGAACGAGAAUGACGAGUAUGACGCAGAGGACGAUGAUUUCGAUGACGGAGACGACAACUAUUGGCGCGAUGAGGAAGAUGAGAAACGAUUUCAGGAAGCUAACGAAUGGUUUGCACCACCGGCCUCAACGCCCCCUUCGCAUGAAGACGGUUAUCAAACUGAGAAUUCCCGCUGGACGACCUACAAGGUGCUGGAAAAGAUGGGUGAAAACUAUGGUUUCGGAGGUCGGACUUGUAUGCUGCGGAGUAUUUGCGAAGCAGCCGCAGCGGAGUUUACCCACACGGGCGGCGUGUUUUCCGAGUUGUUCCACAUUGUUUUCACACCUUCAACUACAUCGGAGCCCGUUUCGGAGCAUAGUGACAACGAGUACUACCAGGCUGAACAGUUGGGGCGGGAGGGUGCUCCCUGCCAUCAGAUUUAUCACGAGUGCAAAAAUACGAUAUUGGAUGUAUUCACCGGUAUUCACGAUCCGAUUACCAACCAAAUGACCGUUGCGCACGAUCAGCUGCGGCAAGCAAUGAAGAAGUAGCGAAAUAUUUAUGUAAUUAAAAAGACUGAUGAACUUACUAAUUUUACUAGAUUUUG